CAGAGCGCCAUUUUGAAACAGGAAAAUGUAAAUUCGUAUCUAAGCAGUGGUUUACAUCAAAAUUUAAGGAUGUGAAAGUCACUGAAAGCAUUAAAUUACUCCAAAAGGAAUUGAAGUUCAACGAGUUUCAUGGCACAGCUUCCAGGAACCUGAUAAAAUAACCGACAUAAGAAUUUUUUGCAUUGUUUACAUCGCCCCAGUCAUGUAGACAGAAGGAAAUCUGCAGCCGCAAUGUCAACCAUACGUGAAAGGAUGCGGGCUCGCAGGAGAGCCUUGCAGGAGUCGUCUUCUUUGCUUGAAGAUCAGGGAAGUGAUGUUGAAGCAAGUCCAAGGAGAAACAGACGGGAAAAAGAUGAAGACAUUGAAAUGAGUUCAUUGAACAAGUCAGAAGAAACUGUGGAGAUGCUUGAUGAAGUAAGAAAUGCAGAGACUCUGAUGGACAAUUUGUCAAAAAGGAGAAAGGAGAAGCAAAGAGAGCUCUCUCGCACCCUGAAAACAGAUGAAGACGUGACCCGAGAACUUCACCAGGCCAAGAAAAAGAGCAAGGCCAAGAUCAGCCAGUCUGUGCGCCAGGAGAUGGAAGCUGAAGGAGAAAUGAGUGUGGAGGAUGAGAUAGAGGAGCUAGGGGACGCUGAGGAGGAACCAGUGGAAGAACUGACCCAUGGCGAGACUCCAAGGAGCUCUGCUGGUCCAAGUCCAAGAAGAGGCUUUGCUGAUAGUGUCUCUGGCACUCCUGGAAAGAGUCCAAGAUUGGAUGCAUCACUUUCGCUAAGAGAGAAACUAAGAAAUAAAGUGCUCAAAGCAAGGGAACAGGGAGAGUCUGAGGCUUUAGAAGAUAGGCCAGGCCGUAGAUUGAAAGGUUUACGUGGAAAACCUCUGGCUGGCACCAGGUUUGAUGACCCAUCUCUGGUGGGUAAAGAGGAACAAGAGGCGGAGGCACAGUUGGAAAAGUCACGCCAGGCAAGGGAGAAGUGGAAGAAAGCUGGACAGGAAGUUCAUAAGAGUGAAAAGCCAGCUUAUAUGUUGAAGUCCCUGUAUCCUACUGUAGAUGAGGCCUAUGACUUCUUCACAAGGAAUUGGGAUCCUGAGCCAGAAGAAGUGAAGCGCCCUCUACCCACACCCAGAGAACCCACUGAAGGGGAGGCUGCUGAAGGAGAGGAGGAGGCUCAGCAGCCUGCAGAAGUUACAGAAGAGCCACAAGAAUCUUCAGAAGAAAAAGCAUUGCUUGAAGACUAUGAUGAUACAGGAAGGAACAUUGUGAUAGUCAGUGCAGAGUACGUUCCCCACCAAGAAAAGAUUCAGAAGGAAGAAGCUAUUUAUUUUGUACCCUCUAUUAUCCCGAUUCCGCCAGCAGAAAAGAUAGGUGACAGCGCUGAGCCAAGGUACCUUGAAGAGGAAGGUCUCUAUGUUGGAACCCGCCCAGCUGUAGCCAUAACAAACCAGAACAAGAUGGAACACAGACUUCUGAGGGAGCCGGGAAAAGGUAGUAGAUGGUUUGGUGAAGACGGGAAGAUAAUUGCUCUCCCCAACCCCAUCAAGGAAACUCCUUCACGUCCCCAUGUUCCUGAAGACAUCCCCUACAUGUUACAGACAGAUUACAGAAAGGCAAUAACCAAAGAAUUUGACAGUCGGUACAUUGAUGGUUCUAUAGAGGGCAAGGGCCGUUAUCAGCUAGAUGUGGAUGUGAAUACCCUGACCUUGAUACACCAUCACUUGUUCAGCAGAGAGCAUGUGCUGGCCACACGGCUAACUCAGCUCUAUGCUCAGUAUAUUGGAAGAACUAAGAAAAACAUAGUGGAUUACUUGACUGAAAAGUUAAGAGCUUUAAAAGGGGCAGCUGCACAUCUUGAAGAAAACAUAUUGAACCUCAAGGCCAAAAAUUCAAAUGUGAACAUUUCGGACCUGGAACAAAGAUUACAGGACUACAGAUAUGAGAUCAAGCAGACCAGGAACUUAAGAGAUACAGAGCAGCACUCAGACAGAGCCUUGCUGAAGAGCAUCAUCCGCACUUGGCAGGAGAUUAAGUCCCUCAGACAGCUACAGAACUUCACUAACACUAGUGUCAAGUUGAGGAUUAAAAAAGAGGAGGUGAACAGAGCAGAAGAUGAGGAGCAGUGGAGACGUGACAUGGAGGAGGAGGUACAGGAGUUGAAGGAGGAGAAAAGCAGAGAGUAUGACGAGAAACUGGCUCUGUACCAGAAACAGUUGGAGGCAUUCAAACAGCAGCUGAAAGCCAAGAAAGAAGCUGCCCGUAGGAAGAAAUUAAGAUUGAAAAGAGUGGCAAGAGCUGAACAAGACCAGGAUGAAAAUGAAGCAGAAACCUUUGAGCAGGCCAAUAAAGAUGAUGAAAUCCUUGCCCAGGAAAAUUUAACCAAGCCAGAGAAACCAGCCAAAGUAACAGAGGCCAAUAUUAGGGAAAUAGUCAAGGAGAAGGCAAUAAGAAAUAAAAGAAGUCCUGGAGAACCAAAAUUGUAUCCAGAACUUACCAAUACAGCCACCAUUACCCCAACAAACCAAGUGCCAAGAGCUGAGCAACAGAGGAGAGAAGAUCUUGGAAAGUAUAAGAUGUUUGUCAAGGUGCUAUUUAACAACAAGGAGGUCUCGAGGACUCAUGUCAGGCCUCUCAAUCAGGAGUUCAGGGUUAGUUUUGCCCAAAUCUUCAACAUUCAGAUCAUGCAGUGGCCACAGUCAGUAAGGCUACAGGUAUUUGAAAGUGUAGGCCUGUCCAACAGCAUGCUGGCAGAGAUCUAUGCAGCUGUUCCAGAGGCCACUGUGACAGCUGACACAGUACAACUGGAAGAGAUGGAGUUCAGCAGUGACAUCACUGUCACACAUGUCCAUGAGGGUGUUGGAAGUGGUAUUCCAUUCAGUUUUACAGCAGAUGGCAGCAACCCCCAGUCUCUGAUGACCACUGGGAUCCUCCUGAUGUCUGUGUCCUGGGGAGUGGACACCAAUGGACUGCCCCUAGUACCACCCACUAGUAGUAAUGUCAACCAAGCGUUCAGUGCAAUGAAAGGUCUAGAUGCUGUGGCAGCUAUAGGAGCCUCAGCUAUGGUAGACAUGGAGAAGCUGUCCAAGUGGAUAGCAGAGUCAAGGCUUGACCCCAAUGACCCCAGCAAUGCUGACCUAGUCUACAUGAUGAAGCCCAUGAAAGAUGGCACUGGACUGCAGAUGCCGUCUUAUUUUCGCUUGGAGCACCUUCAAGAAGAGUUCAACUUCACCACAGAUGAAGAACUGGACAUGCAUCGCAGGUUCCGUCUGAUCAGGCUGCGUGAAGAGGAAGUUCCACUGUUCAAAAACAAACAAAUCCCUGCACUGGAAAAAGACAUUCCACAGGAUGCAUUUCUUGAAUAUGAGAAGAAAGAAAAAGAGAAGGAGCAGUUGAGGGAGGACAAAGACAUAGAAUCUCAUAGAGCUGCAGUUGCACAGUUCAUGCAGAGGGUGAGAGAGCAAGUCCUGCAGAGGUUCAGACUGGCAGCACAUCAGAAGUCAUUUCAUGAUGUUGUCUUUGAGGAGGAGGUGCCAAAUAUAGGGACCCUGGCCAUCAACCUCCAGCAGCUUGGAGAGCCCAGGAGACCACUGAGACCUGUACGUAAAGAGAGGAAGAAGGUGUCUGCCCAGAAUGUCUCCGAGGCUGAUGUAGUCAUCAAUGUUCAGAGAGCCUAUGAUGUACCCAUCAGAACAGAUGCUGUGCCAAAGGCCGAUGGUCGUGGUCAAAGGGUAAAAGUCCCUGUCACUCAGAUAUUGGUGCGUCCAUUCAUAGAAGCAGUAUUCCAGGGAAUCUCAUCCAAGACCCCUGUGGCAGAUGGCCCAAAUCCAAGCUGGAAUUAUAACAUCAGACUACCCUUCAGACCUGAAAAUGGUGAUUUUUCUCCGUCCAAUUUACAAACCAUCAGGGAUCAUUUGUACCUUAAUUUAUUUGAUGAAGUGGUAACAGACAUGGCAUCUAAUCAGGCGACAUCAGGCCAGGAAGUUCACCAGCGCAUUGAGAAAAACUGGCUGGGCAGCCUGUACAUUCCCUUCUCUACUUUGUACCAGAACUCACUGGAACCACACCCUAAUAAUAAGAUUGAUGGCACAUUCCGCAUCAACUCUCCGUCCAUACUGUUGGGGUACACUCAUGACGGGAGCAGGACCAGCAUAGACCCCACUGGGGCUGGGGGAGUGGAGGUGGGCCGAGGGAACGCAGAGGACACGUAUAUCUCCCUCUUCAUCACCAUAGAGCCACAGCUUAGCUCUCCAGAACACAUCAGAGAAAAGUUUGACAGCAAUGAAGACCCCAAGCUUAUCCUAGCGGCUGAUGCCUGGAUUGAGGCCCUGCAGAAGAAGUUCCCCAAGAGAGAGUACAAGACCACGGUGAUUGACGUGAAUGGAAAGUCUGUGUUCAUCACAAGGUACUUCAAGUCACUGAAACCUCCUGAUGAGAUCCUCAACCAGAACACAGCACCACAGGCUCAGGCAGAACUGGUGGCCAGAUACGUGUCCAUGAUUCCUUUUGUGUCAGAUAGUGUGGUCUUCCCAGGGCUAUGUGAUAUUUGGAGCACCUGUGAUCAAUUCCUGCAGAUGUUGGCUGGAGAUGAGGAGGAACAUGCUGUACUUCUGUGCAACUAUUUUUUACAACUGGGGAAACAAGCAUGGUUAUGUUUAGGCACUGCAAUUCCUGAGGGUGGGACAGCCUAUGUACUGACCAAGGAGGCCAAUGGCUACUUAAUUUGGAAUGGGAGCACAGGAGAAAGCUACAGCCAUACCAACCCAUUCUGUCCUCUACAGAGUAUAGGCUGUCUGGUUAACCAGGAGAAUAUCUGGGCUAAUGUCCAGCCCAAUGACCAGCCUUCCAGGAUAGACUAUGAUGUCCACAACACCUCUAGCUGGAGACCCUUCUUCAACAACAGCUUUCCUAACCCUGGCCUGGCCUCCAUACAACCAGAGAACCUGCUGUAUUUCCCCACAGACAAGAAUUAUGUGGUGGACCUACAGGACAAGAUAGAACGCACAGUACGGCAGAGGUUCAUGGAGGACUGGCGACCCCAAAGUAUCACCAGGUGGAACCGACUCUGCCAGCAAACGUUCAGAAAUCUUCUACCAAAGAUGGAGGAAACUCGUGGCAAGGGCAUGGGUCAGCAACAUGCCAGUGAAUUGGAGAGUGUUCUAGGAGCAUACAAGUUGUCUGGUUUUCCCCUCUGUAUGCCUUUCACAGAGAUCCAGAACAUAGUGGAAAGUGUUCAUGCUACAGGAGUCUGGGACAACAACAAUGAGGGAGUGGAGUUUGCUCUGGCUGUCCACAUCCACGCCUACCCCAACUCUGUUCUGGCAGUGUGGGUGUAUGUGGCUUCAUUGCUAAGGACUAGAUAGCAAACUGGAUGCAGACACAAGCUUUUUCCACGUUUUUUAAUUCAUGGUUCCUGAGAUUCAUCAAGGUUAGGUGUUGGGUCCCAUGAUUUAUGUUCAGGGUUUUUUUUUUUUUAACUAAGGCUCAUGCCUGAUUAUGGACCCUGUUAACCUUGGGUCGUUGUCAUAACACAUGGAUUUCAUUGUGGCUCACCAUACAGGAAAGAUGGGGCUGUCCUCUUUGAGGAUAGCUUCCUGCGCUUAGGGGCAUUUAAACUUUAACACAAGGAGUAAUUUAUACACAUUAUUUUUUGACAUUUAAGAUAAUUGUUUGACUUUUUUCAUUUUCCACUGGUACUUUUGCAUUGAGCUUUGUUUUCAAUGGGUACUUCAGUAUUGAACUUUUUCUUUUUCAUGUGGCACUUAUGCACUUUUUUCAACUGGAACAGUAAAAAUUGAAUAUGUAAAAUUGGGUUGUUAUUUUGGACAUGAUACUUAGUAAUUUCUUUUUGGGACGAUAGCGUUAAAUACAGGCAUUAUAUCAUCAACAGGUGGCCAAGAUGUAUUGUAUAUCUAAUUUUAUUUCAAGAAAAUAUGUCCUGUAACAUCUGUACACCUGUUCCACCAGUGAUUCAUACACAUUGUUUAGAUGGAAUCACAAUUUUGUCCACAAAGAAAACACUUGAUUUCAUUAAUACCAGUAAUUGUCCACAGUUUAGAAAUGAUUUAAAUGGAUUGAUAAGUGUGGGACCUCAGAUGUUGAAACCACUAACUACUUGGCGUAAAGAUAACAACAGUUCAUUGAUGGGUAAGGGUCAUCGUAUGAUAAACCACCAACUUCCUGGUGAACGGAUUAUCAGUCCAUUGAUAACUAUACCCCUCAGUUGUUCAAACAACCGACUUCUCAUCAGCCAUAAUUUAUAUGUCCCCUGACCUUGGUCGUGUGGAGUAAUUUGUGUCUGCUGUGGUCAUCGGGUCAAGUAUGUGACCUUGGUCCAUAGAGAAGACCUCUUCUUGCCCAACCAUGUCUCCCUGGAUUUUUUUUUUUUUUUUGUCCUGUUCUCUAUAAUUAUGGUCUGAAGCUUUUAAUGAGUAUCUCUAACAUGAAGGCCAAGCGAUGGCGAUCUUGUUAAGAGCUAACUCCGACUUCUGUUUGUAAUAUCGUACGAGUCUGGGACACGAUAUUUGAUUUAUUGCUGCAACAUUUUAUGUUGUGUUGAAGAAUAGCUAUAUGUUUAUAUCAAAAUAAGGAAUGUACGUUUUGUAAAUAAAACUGAUUUAUAAAUGAA